AAAGUCUGCUAUAGAUUACGGAAGCACGAUGUGACCUAACUUGUUUGUAUUAAAUUCGGCAUCGGAACAUGGAUCUUAAGGAAUAUCCUUUCCCACCACCGCAAAUGUCCGUUUGUUAAAUCUGAGAUUUUUCAAUCCCAUUAUAUAAUAACUCAACAAAAUCUCUCUGUCCAAUUUCCAAAGUCAACUCCUUUUUGGUUUUUGUUUUACUUUCUGUUUUCCUCUUCUCUACUCUGGAACAACAACUACACACACACACAAAAAAAAACAAUUUUCUGUCUAUAUAUAUAUUAAGGAUCCAAAUUAGGGAGAGACCAAAGAGGAAAUUAAUAACAAUCAAUCCAACAACGAAUGGAGAUUGAAGAAGCGAGUCGUGAAAGUGGACAUGUUGUGUGCGGAUCAUGGAUUCGUCGCCCGAAGAAAGUAAACUGGGUUCUUAUCGCUAAAGCUUCCAAACGCCGUGGCUCAUCUGUUUCUUCUCCUGCUCUCCUCAACAUCUUCUCUUUUGACCCCAUUACUGCUUCUCUUUCCUCCUCUCCUUUGGCAACACACACGCUUAAGGAUAGUGAUGGUGAUCCUGUGGCUGUUUCAGUGCACCCUGGUGGGGAUUACUUUGUUUGCUCAACCUCCAAAGGUGGUUGCAAGUUAUUUGAGCUUGUCGGAGGAGCAACAGGUAUUACGAUCUUAGCCAAAGAACUCCUUCCUCUCCAAAAUGCUGGACUACAAAAGUGUAUGGCCUUCAGCUUUGAUGGGUCUAAAUUAGCUGUUGGGGGAGUGGAUGGAUGUCUUAGAAUUAUGGAGUGGCCAAACCUAAGUGUAAUUUUGGAUGAGCCAAAGGCACACAAAUCCAUCCGGGACAUGGAUUUUAGUCUUGACUCAGAGUUCUUAGCUACAACAUCAACUGAUGGAUCAGCUAGAAUAUGGAAAGCAGAAGAUGGUUUUCCUUUGUCUACUUUGGAACGUAGUGGGGAUGAAAAUAUUGAACUGUGCCGUUUCUCUAAAGACGGAACAAAACCUUUUUUGUUUUGUGCUGCUCAAAGAGGUGAUACGCCUAUGGUCAAUGUUUAUGACAUUAGUACAUGGAAGAAGCUUGGGUUCAAGAAGCUGUCAAGGAAGACUGCAUCGACAAUGGCAGUGAGCUUGGACGGGAAAUAUAUUGCUUUGGGUGGGAAAGAUGGAGAUGUAUCUGUUGCUGAAGUUAAGACAAUGGAAAUCUACCACUACAGUAAGAGGCUGCAUCUUGGUCAAUCCAUUGCUUCACUUGAGUUCUGCCCCAGUGAAAGGGUUAUGCUGACAACUUCUAGCGAAUGGGGAGAGAUGGUGACCAAACUCACUGUACCAAAGGAGUGGAAAGAGUGGCAGAUAUAUGCACUGCUGUUUUGCUUGUUCAUGGCAUCAGUGAUAGCUGCAUACGUAUUCUUCGAGAACUCAGAUUCGUUUUGGAAGUUACCAAUGGGAAAAGAUCAAAAAAGACCAAAGAUUAGUCUAUUUGGAGGUUCCUCCUCCACGCCUUCUGAGGAUCAUAGUAGGUGGAACUUGGACCUAUAGAAAGAUUAUGUAACUUUCCUCUGCUUUUUCUUCUUUCUUCCUUAUCUUGUUGCAGCGUUUUUUUUUGUUUUUUUCCUUUCUUCUGAUUUUGCUCUGACAAAUACCUGUUGAUUAAUUGAUUUAUUUACAGACAAUUACUGUUGCUAAUUACUUGUGCUGAAAAUAUUAUUAAAAUUGCAGAGAAGAUCUUUUGUAACAAUAAGAGACGUGAUGGCGUCAUAUGAGUGGUCCCAUUAGCUCUUGAGAAAUA